GACGGUCCCAAGAUGGCGGCGCUGCAGGCGGAGCGCGGGUACGGGCUGUCCUGCGGCCGCCUCGGCCGCGGCACCCGCGUCUCCGUCUUCCACGUCAAGCUCACGGAGAGCGCCCUGCGCGCCUUCGAGAGCUACCAGGCUUGUAAGGAUGCUGUGACGUCCAAACCAGUCAUCCAGUUUCAAGGAAGCCAAGGGCACAUCGCGAUCCCGAGGCCCGACCGACCGACGGAAGUGAGGACCUUCACGUUUUACCUUUCAAAUAUUGGCAAGGACAGCCCCCAGGGGAGCUUUGACUGCAUCCAGCAGUAUGUAUCCAGCAAUGGCAAUAUCCACCUGGAUUGCCUUGGGAGCAUACAGGACAAAAUCACCGUGUGUGCUACUGAUGAUUCCUACCAGAAGGCGAGGCAGAGCAUGGCACAGGCCGAGGAGGAGACGCGCAGCCGGAGCGCCAUCGUCAUCAAACCCGGGGGGAGAUACGUAGGCAAAAAGGUUCAGGUGCGUAAACCUGCACCAGGAGCUUCCGAUGCUGUUCCCUCCAGGAAGCGCCCAACGCCAGUCAACCUUGCCAGUGCAAUAAAGAGAGGCAAUAGUGCCAUUUCUCAGAGACCCUUCAAAGAUAGGGUUGUGCACUUACUGGCACUAAAGCCUUAUAAGAAACCUGAACUUAUUCUCAGAUUGCAGAAGGAUGGACUUUCUCAGCAGGACAAGGAUUUGCUGGAUAACCUUCUGCAACAGGUGGCAAAUUUGAGUGCCAAGGACAGCACUUUCACACUGAAGGACUGUGUGUACAAAGAAGUGCAGAAGGACUGGCCUGGCUACUCAGAAGGAGACCAGCAGUUGCUGAAGAGGAUCCUGGUUAGGAAGCUCUGCCAGCCCCAGAACAGCAGCGGUUUUCAAGGAGAAGCACCUUCCCUGAGCCCUCCAAAGGACACGGUGAACUCCAGCUCUCCCCCUCAGAAACGAUCCCAGCCUCUGGACUUCAUCGACCCCCUGGCCAACAAAAAGCCCAGGAUCUCGCAUUUGGCUCACAGAACCCAACCCACCUUCAACGGGAAGCUGAGCUCCUCCAACGGGAAGGACACCCCCAACCCCCCCCCCGCCCUGCCGCCGGCGCUCCCGGAGUCGGGAAGCUCCUCCAGCUCCAACCUCCCGGUGCUGGAGCUGCCCCGGCCCCACGACCCCCUCUCGGAUGUGAGCAACGACCUGGCUCACAACGGCAGAGACUGUGAGAGCAGCGAGGCCACGGACAGGCUGAGCCACCCCCCGCCCACAGACUGUCCCCAGACCAGCAAACACAACUGCGGCUCCUACGUCAAAUCCAAGAAAAAAUCCAAAAAGCACAAAGACAAGGAGAAGGAGAGGAAGGAGAAGAAGGGCGAGGAGAAGUGCAAAGAGGAGAAGCAGAACUGUGAAGUAAUAAAAAACGCUGACUUAGGUAGUGUUCCCCAGGAGCAGGUCACAGGUUUAAAUGGAACAUGCAAUAAUUCUAGUGUACCAACAUCAACUUCAGAAAUGCCAGAUUAUUUAUUAAAAUACGCGGCCAUUUCCUCCUCGGAGCAGCGUCAGAGCUACAAGAACGACUUCAACGCGGAGUACAGCGAGUACAGGGACUUGCACGCCCGGAUAGAGCGGAUAACCCGGCGCUUCACGCAGCUGGACGCCAAGCUCAAGCAGCUUUUGCAGGGCUCUGAAGAAUAUAAGGUACAAAGAGGCAGGAUGCACAUUAAAACACGUUAAAUACACGUUAAAUAUAUGUUAAAUACACGUUAAAAGCCCCUUUUUUGGGGCGGGGCGGUGCCGGAAUUCCGCCCGGAGCCGGUGGGGAACGUGCGCGCCGCCGACAGCUUUGGGGGCUGCCCUUCUCCCGGCUCUGCGCUGCUCCCUUUUCAGGCUGGAGCCACAUCAUGGGACUUGUUGACAAGGAAAGGCCUCAGUGAGACAAUUGGCGUCCUCAGCCAAAAGCUGCUGGAAGCUAUUAGUGUAUCCCAGCCAGAAAAACUCAUAUUUGCACAUAUGGGAGCGUAUCGGGGCUGCAAGGGGAGUUAGCACGGGGUCAUCUGCUCCUCUGGAAUCUUUGAUCUUCCCAAGGCACCGUUAUUGGACUUGUCAGGGUGAUUUUUAAAGAGUUUUAGCUAUUCAUUAGCUUGAAAAAGUAAGCCUGGUUGAGGGUAAUAAACAGAUUUUUACAGAGCACCUAUUGUGCUGAAGCUCCCUCAGACAUCCCUCCCCUCCCUCCUUGCAAAAUUCGGGGAUCCCUCGCUGGAUUUUUAAUAUCUUGGGGGGGAAAAAAAAUCAGCUGGAGCUUUGGAAAUGUCAGUUAUCCCAGAACUGAGGUGCCUGUUACAGGUAGUUCUCACAGCUGGGGAGUGGGGCCUGAUCCUCCCAGUGCCUCUGGAGUCAGCUCCAGUAUAUUCAUGGAAUCAGAGACUGGUUGUAGCCACCAGGGAAGUCGUGGAGGGAGCAGAUCCCGGUUGGAAUUUGGAGGAAUCGUGUACGUUGAGCCAUCAGGAAAUAUUUCCUGCUG